ACCAAGUGAUAUUUUCCCACAGCCCUGCCGUAAACCUGCACCGUAUACUGUAAUACAUAAAAUAUGUGCAACUGUCCAAUCGUUCAUAGACACCAAACACAGCGGGGAAAUCCCUAUGUAAAUUUACAUUUUACAUAAAGUCGUCGCACACUCCCGGACUGUGGGGGGGCGCUGUGGCUGUGAUCCGUGAAGGCACACGAAGAAGAAGGAAACCGCAGGCAAAAAACCAAACGGAAAUCGGCCGAAGGAAAGCUCUCGAAACCGGCUUGAACUGCAGCCCCAAAUCCUUUCCGAAGCCGCUCGGUGAAAAGAUGGUGAAAAUUUUUGUAGGAAACCUCCCCAGGGAGGCAGACCAGGAGGAAAUCAAGGCACUCUUCACCCAGUAUGGCACAGUCACAGAGUGUGCCAUCAUCAAGAACUACGCCUUCGUUCACAUGGAUGACCGCAAGGCAGCCACCAAGGCCAUCAAGAAUCUGCACCUCCACAAGCUCCAUGGCACUCCAAUCAAUGUGGAGGCCAGCCAUGGAAAGAACCAGGGCUCAGUCAAACUGCAUGUAGCAAAUGUAGAAAAGGGGGCUGACGACGAGCUCCGUGCUCUCUUUGAAGAGUAUGGCACAGUUACAGAGUGUGCUGUUGUGAAGAAUUUUGCUUUUGUACACAUGUCCAACUCUGAUGAGGCCAUGGAUGCCAUCAAGGGACUGGACAACACAGAGUUUCAAGGUAAACGCAUCCAUGUCCAGAUUUCCAAAAGCCGCCCCAGACAUGAUGAACGGGAUGACUAUCCUCCACCUCCCCCAGACAGAGGUGGCUAUUGGCCCCCACGCUAUCCUGGAGAGCGACACGAACCCCCCCCACCCAGCUACAUGAGAGGCCGCCUCAGCCAUAUACCCCCAGGUUACCCUGCCCCUCCUCUGCCACCUCCUCCCCCUAGACGAGCUGUUUAUCCCGACCGUCCUUAUGAGGGCGAGAGGGACAGGUAUGGUGUGGUAGAUUACUAUGAGAAGUACAGAGCGCGCCCAUAUGGCAUGGCCUCCUAUGAGGACCAACGUGCCGGCGCCCCUCCUCCUCCCCCUCCCCCAUCAGCCGUUGUCCGAGAUCGUCUUAUGACUUCGUCGCUUGACCCGUACGAGCGUCGACCCCUCCCACCUCCUCCGUCCUCGUACUACGCCAGAGAUCGCAGUCCCCUCAGGAGAGCGCCUAAUACGCAAAUGCCCCCUGCCAGCAAUGGCUACUCCUACGAGCGCUCCCGACUCUCUCCGGUCUCCCGGGUCCCGGCUUACGGAGUUCCACGUGCCAGGGACCCCUACGCAGACCGGCUGCCUCCGCCACCGCCCGCACGCUACGCUUAUUAAGCAAGGCCUGGGCAUGUGAAGGAUCGUCGUCCGACUGCGUCGCCGCUCGCCGCCUCCUGAUGCACGUGACACUAUCCUCUUCCUGUCUGUGGCUGAGCGCGUUGCGUUCCCCUACGAUGUUCACAGGAGGACGUUAAUUGCCGACGUCCACGUCUGUUUUUGUUUUAUUUUGGGACAAUUUUUACACUCGAAUUUUUUCCCCUUAUGUUUGUUAUUGUGCUGUAGUAUUUUUAAUGCUUGACGUCUGAGUUAGGCGUUUCCUUUUUUUAAUUUGUACUUUUACGUUGAAUAAUUAGUGUUCUGAUGUUGUGUGUGACCUGUAGACAGCUGAAUAAUUUCAGCAUAAGUUUCUAGGCGAUACUUGUGACUGUAGAUUUAACUGAACUAAAUCAUGCUUGGUAUUAAAUCCAAUCUGCACGUUGGUUCCAUCAUGUUAAGCUUUUCAUCGAAAAACCAAACCUCCUUGUGGCGUUGCUGUGAAAUUUAAAAACUGAUAGGUCGUAGUGGUUUGAUAAAUGUAUAAAGUAAUUGUUAAACGGACAGUUACCGCAAAUCGCUCAUAUGUACCUUUCCAUUGUCGAAAUUGUUUUUAAUAAACGGAGUUGUGCAGCUAUGAUGUUCAGAGACUGGAUCAAAAUCAUGCCCAGCGCUAAAGCACUUCAUCAGUGUACCCGCUCAAAAUAAUUCGAACACUGUGCCAGGACCUUUCGGAAAUAAAUAACCAGCUCCUUUAAUGUUCAUUAAUGAUGAAAUCACGUCCAGGAAACUUUUUAAAAUCGUCACGCUGAUUAAAGAAAUACCUCCUCUGG